AUGUCUCUCCACUUCCUUGAUCUCCCCGUCGACAUCCUCUCGCUCAUCCUCGGCCCGCUCCUUAUCCAAGACCAGCAGCCGAUUGCACUCUGUCCAUGCGGCUCGCCCGAGAGCGGCGGCGGCUUCGGCACAAACCCGCUUUCGGUACUGCUCAUCCAUCCUGCCAUCUACGCCAUCGCCGCGCCGCUCCUGUACGAAGGCAACGAGUUUGUUCUGGAUCUCAGACUGGAGCACGGUCUUCACACAAGGUCGUACCUGGAUGACCGGGCCGAGGAGGAUGCGUCGGACAGCAGGGACGGGCUCCGGUCCACCAAGACCGACGACAUGGCCAUUCACCGGAGGAAAGAGAUGCUCGCGCUGCAGGGGGCACUCGGCAGGAUACGGUCCCUGGAGAUGAGGAUUUCGAAGCUGCGGGGCUGGAUCGACGUGAGGAUCGUGCCGCUGGUGCGGGACAUGAUUGUCAGCGGCGGCCUGGCCGAGCUGACGGUCAAGAUCUACAGCUCCGCGGGACACGCAGCGCGGGGGAACAGCAUAUUCACGCGUCCCCCGCUGGCGGGUGUGCUGUCCCUCCUCUCCGAUCCAUAUCUACGGACCGCGUGUCUGUGGGUCUCGGCGGCGGCUGGCGGAGCGUGGGAGCCGUUCCGGACGUCGACUGCUUCGGCGGCGGCGGCGGCGGAGGGACAUGGCGGCGGCGACGGCAACGACGACGGCGACGGCCUCGUGCAGAUCGACUGGGCCAGCAUCGUGAAGCAGCUCGACCCCGAGGGCAGACAAGUGGCCGUCUUGAGGGACGGCGGCAAGGCCAACGUAGCUCGGUGGUGA